AUGGGCUACGUGCCGUUGAUUUUGGCUUUGACGGCCGUUUGUGCACUCACGAUAUAUUUAUUGGGAAAAUAUGGCUCAUACAAACGCCAGCGUGUCUCCGUAACGGUUGCCGUGUUCAUCGCUUGGUACUUCUCUCUGAUCAUCGUUUUCGUGUUACCACUAGAUGUCUCAAUGACCUUGUACAACAAAUGUUUAACUCAAAAAGCCUUCGACAACUCGACCCCAACGAAUGGCAGCCUUGAAUGCGAGGAGCCCGGUGGUCUUGUCCCAAAUGAUACCCUUUUGUACAUGUGGCGCAUCGUCUAUUGGACAGCUCAAGUGCUAUGCUGGCUAGCCCUUCCGUUGAUGCAAAGCUAUGUGACAGCUGGAGAGUUCACGGUGGGCGGGAGGAUAAAGGCCUCUCUGUGGAGCAAUGCCAUGUAUUACAUCGCCUAUUUUAUCAUUUUCGUCAUCUUUAUAGCGUACGCUGCCAUGAAGGGCCUUUCAUUGAAUAGAGAAAGCCUCAUCGUGAUCAUCGUUUCCGCGUCGAACACCUGGGGUCUCUUGUUGUUGGUCGUAUUGUUGGGGCAUGGACUUGUCGAUUUGCCUAGACAACUCUGGCACACCGCUGCCACAGAAUAUCGCCUCAACAAGACUUUCUUCGACAUUGACAAGCUCUCAACAGACAAACACGAUGCCGAGGAUUCGCUGAAAGAUGUUUAUAGAGAAGCCCGGACGGUACUCAAUUUGCUAAAAAACGAGCACUCAUUGCGGGGAAAAGCUCAAACGAUUGUGAGCCGUUUCCCAGAAGAAGUGAUUCGCGAGCUCUUCCCCAAUCGCUCAGGCGCUGAUUUCGAGUGUAUGGGCGAAGUGGAUCGAGUGUCGGCCACAGAUGAAAGAUAUUUGGUCCGGCUUCACACAAAAGCCAUCGACGCCGUUCAUCUUUACCAGCGAACGGCGGCGCAUUGGAGAUCAACAAUGGACCGAGCUUUGUGGCUGGAAGAGGUGCGACAAGCCGAGCAAACGGGUGCACUCAAUUUACCCGGCGGCCCGAGUCUCAUUCCCGAUCCGUUGCGGAAGCUCUGGCACACAAAGGCCAGGAAACCCUUCACUCAGGUUCUCUCGAUUCUUUUGAUGGCGAUGACAAUUUUAAUCCUCCUCUCCGAAUGCACAUUUUUCAUCACAUCGCGAACCCUUUCCCCAUCGGCACUCAUCAUUCAAACAGCUGCGAAUGGAUUCCAUUACAAAUAUACACAGCUCUUCUCGAUCGUGAUUGUCGCCUAUUUGUGUGCAUGUGCGUAUUUCACGAUCUUCCGCCUCAAAAUCUACAGCUAUUAUCAUUUGGAUCAUCAUGGGAACACCGAUGAGAACAGUUUACUCUUCUCGGGAAUGUUACUCUGCCGACUGACGCCUCCAAUUUGCCUCAAUUUCCUUGGCAUGAUCCAUCUCGAUUCCCACGUGACACAGCAGAAGAAUUUCGGUGUCGAAACGCAAUUCACAAAGCUAAUGGGUCACUUGGAUCUUCUACCAGUUGUGGCCAAAGGAAUCAACAUCUAUCUCCCGAUGGCGAUCAUCGUUUUCUGUGCUCUCACAUAUUAUAAAUUGGGCACUCGAUUGUUGCACGCGAUGGGCAUUGACCAAUAUGUAGCCGAUGACCAUCUCUCAAUGGAUUUGGUAUCAGCCGGGAGAGCCCUGGUAAAUCUCGAGAGAAAUCGUCGCAGCCGGAUGGAGAAUCGAGAAGCAAGACAUUCAGCUUUCACUCAAAGAGUUGUUGCAAAUGCUACGGAUCGUCUCCGGUCAGGAAUGCGUCGAGAACCAGAAGAGGAUCGACGCCCGAUUGUGCAAGAGGAAGUCUUCGAGUACUCUAAUCAACAAGAUCUACUCAUCGAUGAUGAUACUCGAUCUUCCCGUCAUCCAGACAGUGCCCAUUUCUUUGAUGAUAUG